AUGGGCACCCACACACUUGCUGCCGGGCAAUACACCACUGUCAUCAACGGUUUGACCAUUCAUUAUACGAUUCGCACCUCAGGCGUCGGCCUUCCCCCCUUGGUCAUCCAUCCACCGCCAUGGGGCUGUGGAGUAAGUUUGUAUGAGGGAAGCUUCACACACCUCGAGUCCAAGUACACAUUGAUAUACCCACAACCACGAGGCAACGACGCAUCGCAACGACCCGACGACCCGACCGAAAUGUCGAGUCGCCACAUCUGCGACGACCUCGACGUGUUCCGCCAACAACUGGGACUCGAAAAGAUCAACCUCCUAGGCCACUCCAGCGGGGGCACCAUCGCAGCGGGCUACGCGAUCGCCUACCCGGACAAAGUGGACAAAGUCAUCCUCGUCAACACCGACCUACCAGGCUACACGCGCAAAGACCGCUCAUUCUUCGAGGACAUGGCCAACAUCCGCACGUCACAGAACCUCUCCGUCGAAACCGACGACGAAUUCAAAGCCUACAUCGUCAAAUGCCUGCCCCUGUACUUCGCACACCCGGAGAAGGGAUACGCCGAGGCGUUCGAAAAAGCCUGGCAAUCAAAAGUCAGUCUGUGGGCAUAUCAGAACUACUACGGUGCCGACAAGAGCGACGCCGGGAAGUGGGACAUGUUGUCCGAGCUGGGAAAGGUCACAGCGAAGGCUCUCGUCAUCGUGGGAAAAGCUGAUCGCUGCUGCGCCCUGGAGGUCAGUGAGGCGGCCGCCGGUGGCAUCAAGGGCAGUCAAUUGGUGGCGCUGGACGAGUGCGGCCAUUUUCCGUGGGUCGGGGCCGCAGAUGAGUUUUGGAGCGUUCUGGAGAAGUUCCUGAGCAAUUAG